UUCUCUCCGUCACUGUCCACCUCGUCUAGCGAACCUCCUCCACAGCUCCCUUUCCGACGAUGUCAGGACCCUCAUUACCAAUAGACUCUCGAGGUUCACAAACGAGGCAUCAUCGUCAACACGCUCCUGUUAUACCGUCAACGCCUUUUCGUCUCCUUCCGAUCGAGUUGUUCGAGGAAAUCAUUGCUUGGGUGCCAUACUCCACGCUGCCCGCCGUCAUCUCAGUCUGCCGUGCAUGGCAUGGCAUGACCAUCAACCUCCUUUACUCCACCGUCGAGCUCUGCAGCCGCGAGAGCUUCACCAUGUUGGCAGAGCAAUUGCACACGUCUGCACGUGUCAAGUGUCGCCUCGCAACCACAUGCCGUCUGGUCGUCUCUGAUCGCGCCUUUCCCAAAACGCCUUCGGAAGCAAACCGAGAUGCUUGUAACCACUUCCUCCACGCACUACCACCCGUCUUCUGUACUGCGAUGACUGGUCUGCAGACUUUGCAGAUUGACGGGGCCUACGUCUUGCUAUGCCGUCGUUGUUCUUCAUCACCCUUCCCAUGUUCAAGACAGUGAAGUCACUGCACUUGUCUGCCUUCCAUUUGCACAAUAUCUCCGAGCUACGGCGUAUCAUCUGCGCCUUUCCUCAGCUCGAAGAUCUUAUUUUACGCGGCGGUCGAUUUGCUCAACUGCGCUACGCGAGCGACGCGGACAUCAAGCAACAUCAUCUAAUG